AUGCCUUCUAUUGUAUCCAAUGGUUUGCUUUUCAUUCAUAAUAAAGAGAGGUCGAAUUCUUGUUCUUUGUUGAGAUCGAAUAAUGGAUUUAAGGCUUUUUGGAAGAGACACGGGUUCCUGCAAUAUGUUCAGGGAAUUGUUGUAUCGGGCUUCCCAAUUGGAUACGAUGGAAAACAAGAAGGGGUGGUAAGGUUAUGGUUCAUGGAACAGGUAAAGUGUAUAUGGAGUUAUCUAUGUUGGGAUGUUUGGUAUAGGGACUGGACUGGUCAAAAUGACCAGGGAUUUUUAUGGGAGGAGUUUGUUUGUUGGAUACGGGCCUCGUCAUUGGAUUCGGACUUAGGUGGACAGAGGAAUUUGACACUUGUGUUUUGGAGUUUGUGGGGCUUCCUAGAGAUGGGCUCAGGGACGGGGAAGGAAUCGGAGGAUAAGGGUGGUGUUCAAGAUAAAGAAAGACAGUUGUUGGCUGGUCAUGUACAGGAGAACAAAACUACUGUUGUGGGUAAUCAUGAGAAACAGGAAGUAGCUUUACGCCAAGCAUCAUCUUUUGUCUCUUUUAAUCUGAUGAUAAGUGACUGUGGGUUAGUGGAUUUCCCAAGUCGGGGAAACACAUUGUCCUGGAGGGGCAGAAGAAGGGGAAAGAUAGUUCGUUGUCGCCUGGACAGAACAUUGGCGACAGAGGGAUGGCAUGACCUGUUCCCGGUUUCCCAUGUGGAAUAUUUACCAAUGAUUGGAUCCGAUCAUAGACCCAUUUUGGCUACCCUAGAUUCAAAAAUAACAAAAAGACGAAAACAAUUUCGGUUUGAUAAACGGUGGAUUGGUAUGGAGGGUUUACUUGAGUCGAUUGAGAUGGGGCGUAUCUGGGGGGUGGCAGAGCCAGAACUGGUUGGUAGGAUCUAUAAUUUUCGCCACGAGAUUUCCGUUUGGAGAAAAGAAAAUCAACCAUAUGGCAAGCAGAAAAUAGCGGACUUACAACAGGCCUUGGAGGUGGUACAAAAUGAUGAUAAUAGCACCCCGGAGGAGCUUACGGACAUUACAAAUAGAUUACAGGAAGCCUACAGAGACGAGGAGGACUAUUGGAAACAGAAAAGUCAAAACUUAUGGUUAAGGGAUGAGGAUCUGAAUACUAAAUUUUUCCACGCUUCGACAAAACAACGCAGAGCCGUUAACAGAAUUGUUGGUCUUCAUAAUGAGGCUAACGUUUGGGUGGAUGGGGGUAAAGAGGUCGAGAAGAUAGUGGUCAGUUAUUUUGACAAACUAUUUACUUCUACCACACCGGGGGAAUUCACGGAAAUAUUAGAAAAUCUGUCGGAGCGGGUUACACCACAGGAGAACGAGGUGUUGACUCGGCAAGCGACGGAAACAGAAGUAAGAGAAGCACUAUUUAUGAUGCACCCAGAGAAGGCUUCGGGGCCAGACGGAAUGACGGCGUUAUUUUUUGAGCGCUCAUGGCACAUAGUAAAGUUGUAUGUUCUUAGGAUGGUUAACAAUUUCCUUCAAUCGGGCACGUUCGAUGAUAGAUUAAAUCUGACACAUAUAUGUCUCAUCCCUAAGACAGGACGACCAACCAGGAUGACGGAGUUGCGACCGAUUAGUUUGUGUAAUGUGGGAUAUAAAAUUAUUUUCAAAGUCUUGUGUCACAGACUCAAGGUAUUACUACCAAGAUUAAUAUCGGAAACCCAAUCGGCUUUUGUUCCGGGGCGUUUGAUCUCGGACAAUAUUCUUAUAGCUCAGGAAAUGUUUCACGGGCUCCGAACAAAUAAAUCAUGCAAGGGGAAGUUUAUGGCGGUAAAAACAGAGAUGAGUAAAGCCUAUGAUCGUGUUGAAUGA